AGUCAUCCUCAAUAGUAAAAUUUUAUUUUUGCCUUUGCCAGUGGCCUUGUUUACGUGUUUCUGGCGACAGUGGCAUUGACGCAUACACAUUCUGGCAGGGAACGAUCCGAACAUGGAGACACUUGUUAUGGACAGCAACAACGUAGUACCUAUGUAGCUGAUUACUCCUAUUCUAUUAUUCUAGCGAGUGAGAGACAUGGCGGAGAUUUCAACUUCGGGGUACAAGGAUUACGUGGCAGGCUUGCUUGCUGGUGUUGCCGCUGUAGCCAUUGGCCAUCCCUUUGACACCGUAAAGGUGAAGCUGCAAAAACACAAUACAGAAGCACACGCGAUUCAUUAUAGAAAUGGAUUGCAUUGCACUGCUAGGAUACUGAAGACAGAAGGAAUCAAAGGACUUUAUAGAGGAGCAACAUCAUCAUUUGUUGGGAUGUCAGUUGAAGGAUCACUUUUUUUUGGUAUUUAUUCCCAGACAAAACAGUACCUUCAGGGGGGAGUUCAAAGUGGAGAACCACGGCCUCAAGUGAUUAUACCAUCUGCAGCUUUUAGUGGUGCCAUCAUCAGUUUUGUAUUAGGUCCAACAGAGCUGAUAAAGUGUAGGAUGCAGAUCCAAGGCACCGAUUCUUUGGUUCCUAAGUCAAGUAGAUACAGUAGUCCCCUUGAUUGUGCCCUUAAAACUGUAAAAACUGAAGGGGUGAAAGGAAUUUUUCGUGGAGGUUGUACCACGUUGCUUAGAGAAUCUAUAGGGAAUGCUGUCUUUUUCAGUGUAUACGAAUAUGUGCGUUAUAACAUGCAUUCACACAUCAAGACUACUUCAUCCAAUUACAGCAACCUGAUUGAUAUUGGCAUUGGAAUCGUUACUGGUGGCCUUGGUGGUGUGGCUUUUUGGUUGACGGUUUUGCCUCUUGACGUGGCAAAGACUUUAAUUCAGACAAACCCUGAUAAAAACUGUCCAAGAAAUCCUUUUCGGGUCUUGAGUUCAAUCUACGAGAGGAAUGGAUUGAAGGGGUGCUAUACAGGUUUGGGUCCUACUAUAAGUCGAGCAUUUCCAGCUAAUGCUGCAACAAUUGUGGCGUGGGAGCUAGCAAUGAAAAUGCUAGGCAUUAAGCAUGACUGAGAGUCUAUUUAAUUGCGGAUAAUACAACAAAGCUCAGGACAGCAUUCAGCAUUGCAUUUGAAGCUGCUUGUUUAAUUCCUUAAGAUUAGAGAGCUUGAUUCACGAACUUGGAACAAGGGGCCUUGAUUUUUAGCUGCCCUCUCCAUGAUUUCCCCCCCUCCAAUUUUAUGGAUAGAACAUUUUUAUCUCUGGCAUGAAAUUAUAUUGUUUAAUGGCCAUUAAAGUUUAUAUUUUGAAAACAUAUGGCCAAGUCAGAGAAAUCCACUUUUUUGGAGAUUUUAACUGCCAAGCACUAACUGGCGCAACCUUUAUGGCCUUUCUGAAACAUGAGUUCAGUAUAAUUGAAUUUUUAAAGUUUAUAUUAACAAUAUAAUUUAGUUCUUCAAAUU